CGGCGCGAUCGGCCGGGCUGUAACCGUCGUCCGUCCGGUAGCGGCUGGAGCGGCAGCGGCGGCCGGGCACGGCGCGAGGCGACGCCACAGGGCAGCGGCGGCAGCGGGGACAGCGGCGGCAGCCGGAGACGCAGCGGCGGCCGCAGCAGCAGCAGCAGCAGCAAGACGGACUCGUGGACACGCGCCGCCGCCGCCGGGCCGGGCCGGGUGUCGCGCGCCGAGGCUGGGGGGGAGCCGUCGCCGCCACCGCUACCGCCGCCGCCGCCGCCGCCGAGGUGACUGAGGAGAGAGGCGCCUCCUCGCUCCCGCCGCCGCCGGACUUCAAUGCCCAGUCCCCAGCUCGCCAGCGUUUUUCGUUGGAAUAUACGUUGCACAUUUAUGGCGAUUCUGAGCGUGAGGGCAGACUUCUGCCAGGCUCAGCACAGCGUUUCCGCUGACAAGUGAGCUUGGAGGUUCUAUGUGCCAUAAUUAACAUUGCCUUGAAGACUCUGGACACCGAGACUGGCCUCAGAAAUAGUUGGCUUUUUUUUUUUUUAUUGCAAGCAUAUAUCUUUUAAUGACUCCAGUAAAAUUAAGCAUCAAGUAAACAAAAGUGAAAAGCGACCUACUCUUUUAACUUGUCUCACUAGUGCCUAAAUGUAGUAAAGGCUGCUUAAGUUUCGUAUGUAGUUGGAUUUUUUUGGAGUCCGAAGGUAUCCAUCAGCAGACAUUGAGGCCCAAAUUGAAUUUGGAUUCAAGUGGAUUCUAAAUACUUCUGCUUAUCUUGAAGGGAGAAGCUUCUUAAAGAAUAAACAAGUUGAAUAGAGAAAACACUGAUCGAUAAUAGGCAUUUUAGUGGUCUUUUUAAUGUUUUCUGCUGUGAAACAUUUCAAGAUUUAUUGAUUUUUUUUUCAUUUUCCCCAUCACACUCACACACGCACGCUCACACUUUUUAUUUGCCAUAAUGAACCGUCCAGCCCCUGUGGAGAUCUCCUAUGAGAACAUGCGUUUUCUGAUAACCCACAACCCUACCAACGCUACCCUCAACAAGUUCACAGAGGAACUUAAGAAGUAUGGAGUGACAACUUUGGUUCGAGUUUGUGAUGCUACAUAUGAUAAAGCACCAGUUGAAAAAGAAGGAAUCCACGUUCUAGAUUGGCCUUCUGACGAUGGAGCGCCACCCCCUAAUCAGAUAGUUGACGAUUGGCUAAACCUACUAAAAACCAAAUUUCGUGAAGAGCCAGGUUGCUGUGUUGCAGUGCAUUGUGUUGCAGGACUGGGAAGGGCACCUGUGCUGGUCGCACUUGCUUUGAUUGAAUGUGGAAUGAAGUACGAAGAUGCAGUUCAGUUUAUAAGACAAAAAAGAAGGGGAGCAUUCAAUUCCAAACAGCUGCUUUACCUGGAGAAAUACCGACCUAAGAUGCGAUUACGCUUCAGAGAUACCAAUGGGCAUUGCUGCGUUCAGUAGAAAGAAAUGUAUACGAAGGCUGACUUGAUCGUGGCAUUUAGAGGGAACUCUUGGUACCUGGAAAUGUGAAUCUGGAAUCUUAACUGUGUCAUCAAAGUAGUGAUGGAUUCAGUACUCCUCAACCACUCUCCUAAUGAUUGGAAAAAAACAAACAAACAAGAAUAUAUCCCUCUAUAACGUGAAUAAAAUGUUUAAGAAAAGAAAAAAA